GAAUGUUUUAUUCUGACAGACUUGACUGUGGUGUCUCGCGCCUGUCUGUCUCUGAGCAGCGCGAGCGGCUCAGCUGUUUAAACCUCGGAUGGUUCCGUUCAGCUCCGACAGGUCCAAACUUUAAAGUUAGACCGGUUCGAACCGGAGCUGAAACUUUUAUCUUAGUGUUUCUUCUGUCUUCGUGUUUUUCGCGGGGUUCGGGUCGGACAGGAAUGUGAGUGUCGGGUUCUGGACGGCUUUCGUUCUGGGUUGUAAGAGAAAGGAAGAACCGGACCCACACGGCCCGGCUCACGAUGAGAGCGCUGGUCCUCCUGAGUCUCUGUCUGAACCUCCAUACAUGCCGAGCCCUCCCCAACCGGCUGCCCGACCUCAGCACCGAGCCGCCCGGCCACAUCUCCCUCACCGACCCGCUGCUGGACUACGACCGGCUGGAUGAGGAGCUGGGAGGCGGCGGGGUGCGGAGCGGGAACGGGACCGACGGGGACGUCGUGGGCUGCGGGCCGUGUGAGCCGGACCUGUGCCCGGACAACAGGGGCUGCCGGGCCGGCCUGGUGCUGGACCCCUGCGGCUGCUGUAAGGAGUGCGGGAACCUGGAGGGUCAGGCGUGCGACCCGGGGGACCGGAGCGUCUUCUACGGACUCUGCGGGACCGGGCUGCGGUGCCAGGCGGACCCGCGGUCCGCAGGGGGAGGAGGAGGAGGAGAGGAGGAUGAAGAGGAGGAGGUGUGUGUGUGUGAGCAGCAGGAGGCGCUGUGCGGCUCUGAUGGACUCACAUACAUGAACAUGUGUCAGUUCAGAGAGGCCGCGUUCACCAAAACACACCUGAAGACCAGGGGGCGGGGCCCGUGCAAGACAGUGCCCAUCAUUAAGGUCCCCCCUCACAGCCAGGUGAACCGGUCCGGCAGCAGUCUGGUCUUCCUGUGCGAGGUGUUUGCGUUUCCGAUGGCGCUGGUGGAGUGGAGGAAGGAGGGGCGUGACGUGGUGCUGCCUGGAGACGACCCGCACAUCUCAGUGCAGUCUCGGGGCGGUCCUCUGAAAUUCGAGCUCUCCAGUUGGCUGCAGAUCGAGGGGGCGGGGCCAGAGGACUCAGGAACCUAUCGCUGCAUUGCUCGUAACAACCUGGGGUCAGUCUCCGCCUCCGCGGUGCUGGGCGUGCUGGGAGCAGAGGAGCUGUCGUCCUAUCUGGCCAAUAGCGUGUCAGAGAUGAAGCAGCUGAUGGAUGCCACGGACUACGAGCAGGACUUUUACUGACCCACAGGUGAUGUCACUUCCUGUGGUCGGUGGGAUCAGGUGAUCGUCGUCAUAUUAAAUAUUAAUCAUGUUAUGGGGACGCUGUGACACGGAGCCUCAGCAUGUUGAGCGUGUUGUCGACGUCGCAGGUUCGAGCUCGAGUCGCGUGUCCGUAAAACUUAUAUAAAUAAAGUUUAAAACAACAAACAGUGUUUGUGUUCCUUCAUCACAUGAC